CAACCGCCAUGGACUCCGACUCAGACAGCAGCCUAUCGGAGGUGCCAGAAGAGACAGUGAAGCAGCUGGCGCCCAUAUUUCAGAAGGCAAAGAAAGCAACAAAGCAGGCUGCUCCUCCGCCGAAAGCCUCGCCUCCCAGGCCAAAACGAGCACCGUCACCACCUCAUGAAGAGGUCCUGGCAGAUAAUCCGGACAUUGCAUUCCUGGUAAUGUUCCGAUCGCGCUUCACCGAAAUCUUCCCUGGCAAAUGUCCUCAAUUCGGGCCCCAAGAUAUUGAGCGAGGCGUUGUCGAUACCGUGCCGAGUCCAGAAAUCCAACAAUUGUUGUGUGCUUUGCUAGGAUUAGUGUUGAACAGAAAGAAGCCGGUCGAGCGGACUGCGUAUGGCCGCGCAAUCGAAGAAGCAGUUCUCUCCCACAAGAAGGAAUGGCCUUACAAGUGGGCUGGCCAGAAUCCGCUUCAUGGAGGAAAGGACUUCAACAACAUGUCUCCAAGUGAGAGGCUCAACUUCUUACGCACUCUCGUGAUUUGGUCACUAGGCUCUUCCGAACAGGUGGCUGGCACGAUCAAGGAAAAGUAUAAGCAGCAGAGACAUAGCGAUGACGAGAAUCAGCCAUUGUCGGUGCAGCCAUGGGGUAUGGAUGGAGACAAUAGAAGAUACUUUUUAAUCCAGGGGCUUGACGAUACAAGCUUCAGGAUCUACAGAGAGGGCAGCAGGUACACCAGGAACGCGCAUUGGUAUAGCCAAGCUGGCACAAUUGACGAGGCAAAAGCACUGGCAGAGAAGCUUGAAAAGGAGGACGGAUCGCAAAAGGCGCGGAAACUGGCGAUAAAGAUCACGAACGCCGUGCCAAUGUUUGAGGCCACAGAAGAGAAGAGGAAUCGCCGCAUAUAUCGACAACAGCGUCGUGCAGCCUUCACGCGACCGGAGCCUGGUUUCGGGAUCUACGAAGGUCGCACUCGUGGGAAGCGGACGCGGUAUACUUAUGACGACGAGGGAGGAGAUGAUUCGGACAAUACUUCUACACGCCGCUCCACGCGCCACCAGUCUGCGAGAAGCACCCCGUUCGAGACUGGUCCGCAAUAUACUGCUUCCGGUCGACAGAUCAAGCAGCCACGACAAGGAGACUAUGGCGAAUCUUUGCUGAGCACGAACGUCAUGAGCACUGACGAGCUAGGGCCGGAUAACGAUACAGAAGCGCGAUCUGGACGGGCGGAUUCGCAGGAGUCAGAUCCUGUGCAAUCUGGUGGCAGGCCUUCGAGAGGAAACAGGAACGUAAAUUAUGCCGACAAAAACCCACGAAAGCGAAAGCAUAUCGAUGGCUACAACGACAUUGAUGCCAUGAGUGAAGAAGAUGACGCUGUCAGUGGCGAUGAAUGGAACUCAGAUCAGAACGACGAUGAAAUGCCUGAUGCGCCAGAUGUCGAUUCGGAGCCCAGCGAGGAUGAGGAUGAUGGACUUGACGAUGUUCCAAAAAGCCUGCUUGUAAAGCUCAAAAUCCCGCAAUCGGCGUCAGUCCAGUCACGCAAUACACCGCCAACCAGUCCUUCUGUCUCGGGUGAAAAGGAUACAGCGCUGGGAUGCGCUCCUGGGCCGACAGAUGAGAAGAUUGCCUCUACGACGACGAAUGGCGAAGCAAAGUUGGAAGCGACCAAGACGAGCGUUCUUACCGAGGCUCCUCUGGCGCUGACCAGUAUUGAUAGCCUGACGCCAACCUCGCCUAGGAGAUCACCACAAGUUGUGGUUCCAGCGUACUCAGCGCAUGCGAAAUUCCAAAACAGCUAUUCUACGACGAGUAUGCUCAACGGAAAUGGCGGACAUGGUGGCCAGAUCCAGUAGUGUGGCCGUACUAUGACUAGAACAUGAACAACACCUUCGAAAUGCGGGGAAUAUCUACCAUGAAAAGCCUCUUCCGAGUAAAUGCUUUAGUACAGGUGGAGCUGAUGUCUGCCACGAUUUCUGAUGUUGUGUACGAUUCGAGCGAGGUCCCGACAGCGGCCUGAAAAGAGAGAGGCUUUGCUAGCGAUUCACAUGGCAGCAGGUAGAGGUGUCAUAAUACUAGCAUAAUGAUGAAGCUUGAAAUA